AUGCUUCCAAUCCUCAACAGUCCAGCCUGCAUGUGCCAAAGCCUAGAGGGACCUACGAACACAACAGACAAGUCCACUGAAUCAACACCAGUUGGUGUCUCGACAACUGCAUCAACCGUGGUUACAUUGCCUGGUUGCCAAACUCCCAACACUGACCACCAGGCUAUCUGCCAGCUCAGUGUCUGGUACUUGCAAAACAGUGAUUUCAAACUUCAAUAUCACAUAGGAACUUUCUUUACCAUCGGUCAGCAGAUUCCCUUCCCCCUUAGUGUCACCUUUGCCACCAUCAACAUCGUCAUCACCACUCUCGUCAUCCCCCAAGUCACUCUUGUUAUCGGUAGACUAAGAAUGUGCAGGGAUGUCAAUUGUUGUCCGGCCCCUACCACCACUGGUGGAGUGUUGCCAUUAAUUGAAUGUGCCACCAGUCAAGAUUCCUUGUUAUCAAGAUUUCUGUAUUAUAAAAGAAUUGAAUACAUCUCUGAGCAGAUCAAUGCAGGACCAAAGUAUUAG